ACCACCCUUUGAGAUCUCAGCGAAACGGAUUCACUUAACGCCAUCAUGACCCAUUCCGAGGAGGAGUCUACCGCUUUGGCACUUUUAUCACAGUUGUCGGGGUCGCCGUUUAGUCAACCACAGAAUACACUUUCUGCACUCAAACGACUCAAACAUGAGCUGAUCGGCCAUGAGCAGAAGAAAGAAUUGUUUGUACGCCUAGGAAUUGUGCCCCCCCUUGUUAGGAUUCUGGAGGGUACUGGCGCUGCGGAUGAUGUUUGGAGCAGUGCCAGAUUGGAAGCUGGAAUUGCGGUUGGGAGCCUGGCUUAUGGCGGUGAAAACUAUAUUUCGCAUUUGUUCGAUUCGCAGGCUUUGCCUCCGCUAAUAGCUUCUCUGGAUCCUUCCUCAUCUCCACCGAAACUUGUUCUGUCGUCCCUUCGCACGUUGAAUACCAUUCUAGACACCUCAGCAUUUUCCGCGACGUGUCCCUCGUAUGCAAUUGCUACGGCUCUUUAUACCCCCGAGGUUCUGAAAAAUAUCUACAAAAUCCUUUCGCAACAAUCUCUUGCUGCUCUAGUCCAACAGCAGAUUUCGCUCACAGCAUCCCUUAUUGCUAAAUCGUGUGGCCGGUAUGCUCCCGGCAGUUCAGAUAAUAGCGGAUGGCAUUCAACCCAUCAAAAGUUACUUGUGGAUGCUGGGGUUCUUGGAGCCCUGAGCGCCAGAUUGGGAGGCCAUAUCGUGGCCGAGAAAUCUAUUCCCAAAAACCCUAAAAAUGCUCAUAGCAAUGAUGUGCCUCCCCCCGCUCCUCUGGGCGCAAAAUUGGCUCCGAUUCUUGACGCCAUUUCUGUUAUUAUCAAGGAUUCUAGGCUUCGCUCUUUGGAGUUCCUCUUCUCCCCGCCAAUCAUAGCAAUCUUUCCUCUUCCUACCAAUGAACCCUCUUCACCCGAUGCCCCGUCUUCGUCUAACAAACCAGGCGAGGGAACAGUAGGCUCAACUUCCUCAAUAAACUUACCUCAACCUAAGUUAGCGAGCAACUCGAUAAUACAGCCCCCGAAUCUGCUUAUAACACCGGCUGCUUUUCCCCCGCUCUCAGCAGCAUCUACGAUCUCGCCAACCACUUCAAAGGAUCGCAUACUUCGUUCGGCCGCGCUGACUGCAACUGAGGACGGGCCUAACCGUUCCGAAGUCGAUCUCGAUCUCGAGGUUGAGGAGUCCCCCAUUUUACCGUGGCUAAUAUCACAAGUCCGUUCUGGGGACUCCAUUACGAGGUUGAUGGCAAUAAGUGUUUUGACCAAUUUGUUCAAAGUGGAGCUUGUGAGCAAGAAGCUUGUACAAUUGCUGAUAUUGCUGGUUUUGCCGGUUCUUGUCAGACUUUUGACUGAGGAGGGUAGAGAGAAUCGGGUGAAUGCAGGAGUUGGUAGCGUUGAUGCAGAGACAUGGACCAGCUGGACCAUUAGGGAAAAGGCACCCGCGAUCCUGGCAAGGUUGGUAAUGGACCGCGCUGAAAUGCAAAAGGCUGCUGUGGAUGCUGGAGCAAUCAAGAAACUGGCUGCGAUGUUGAAAAGGGCUAACGAGUUACCAUCACCUACAAUGAACGGUCACCAAAACGGAAAUUCCCAUGACUCCAACCACACAGCGGAGCUAGGAAGUAGUCUUGAGAUUGCCCAUAAGAUGAAGGUUAAAGAAGGAGGGUUGAGAUGUCUCACAAGCCUUGCAUUAUUCAAAGAUGAUUAUCGGAAGGCAAUCAUUGAAACAGGGGUGGUCCCGGUCCUAGUGUCUUCAAUGAAACCACUCGAACCCAUCUCAACACCCGCGCCCCAGAAAAACACAGUCGGGCAAGGAAACCCUCCAGCUGUGCUCACCGCCGCAUGCGGCGCUAUUAGGGCAUUAUCCCGCUCUGUCUCCAUUUUAAGAACCUCCCUGAUUGACGCUGGAAUCGCUCUACCUUUGUUUGCUCUCCUUCGCCACGACGAUAUCGAGGUACGUAUAGCUUCGACCGCAGCUGUUUGCAACCUUGUUUUGCACUUCUCUCCAAUGCGAAGACCGAUACUAGAGGCCGGAGUUCUUGAUGUCCUCUGCUCACAUGCGAAGAGCGAAAAUGCUGCGCUAAGGUUAAAUGCACUCUGGGCUUUGAAGCAUUUGGUUCUGGAGGCCGAGACCGACGUAAAGAGGAAAUGCUUUGAGGGGCUAGGAGUAGACUGGCUCCUCGGGGUUAUCCGCGGUAUGGAGGAUAGUAUCGGCGAUCUCAGGAGAAUGAGCGCUGGACGAACUGGUGACGAGGAAUAUUUUGAUGCGCCAGAAGAGAGGAUCAGGUCAUGGGCAAGAAGGUUCCCCCCAAAGGCAACUGCUGUAAUGGCGCAGCUAGAGAGGAGAGAGAGAGAUGACUCUUUGAGAAGGAGGAAGGAGGACAUCGCUUUGCAGGAACAGGGCCUAGACUUCUUACGGAACUGGAUUGGAGGCAAGGAUCGGAAUCUCAUGAUCGAUCACCUUUUCGAGAGCGUGGGGAAAGAUCGGGUGUUUGAGAUUUUGGAGGACAAACUUAAGCAGAAGCGAUAUGUGAAAAGAGGGGAGCUGAUCUCUGAAUCUCCGCCUGGGGAAAUUGUGACUUCCGUUGUCUAUAUCCUUGUUCACCUUGCCACAGGUUCGCUUCCUCACAAGAGGGCCCUGAUCCAGCGCGUGGAUCUACUAAGGACUCUAUGUGCCCUUUGGAAUCACCGACUUCCUCAUGUUAGAACCGGUCUUGCAUGGGUUGUCAUCAAUCUCACCUGGCGCGAAGAACAUGAAGAUAUCGAAGAGGUUCACGCUCGAGCUAGGGAGCUAAUUAGGCUAGGGUUUGAUAAGAGCUUAGAAAGCAUGUCUCAGGAUUCCGAGCUGGACGUCAGAGAGAGAGUUAAGACUGCCAGACAUCAGUUGAGCACUGUUGGGCCUGCGGAUUAACUGUUGCCACUACCUACCUACAAUUCGAACCGCAAGGAUCUGUGUAUUACUACUGGGCUCUGGGUCUCUUUGUCUUUCUACUCUUUAUACCAAUCACCUGUUUUUCUUCCCCCCUCCUGUUAUCUAACAGAGGGAUAGGGGUGAAGUACACAGGUGAGGUUGCUUUUCUCUUUUUUCUAAUACUUUUUUUUUUUCUUCUGCGAAUUUUCAUGCCUUUGAUUUUCGAAGGGUUCAUUUAUCGCAGUGCCAUGCGGGGGGGGACGUGGAAAAAAAUCUUUACUGCGGGCUAUUUGGUUGGCUAUGGGCUCUUUUCCUAUGUUAGCUACCGGUAAGGGGUCAUUGGUUGGUUUAAGGGGGUUUCGCAAUUUUCAUUCGGAAUUGAAAAAAGUGGGUACUUUUUUUUUGGUGUAGUCAGUGUCUUUAAGUCAAGGGAUGGUGACUGGAUUGGUUAAGUUUAAGGGCGUCUUGUAAGGGUUCAUUUUCUAUCAGUCAUGAAGGAGAAAAAGAAAAGUUUUUUCAUGGUAAAA